CUGUAGUGAACAAUUGUGUCAAUAAUUGAAAGACAAAAGGGGAAAAUUAAAAUAAACUCUUGGACAUUGAAUUUGUUGUGAUACCUUUAUUUACCUGCGACAUCAUAUUAUAUUAAAGGUGUAUGAUUAAAUGCAUCCUGCAAUUUGACUGAUACAUUUGAAUGUUUUCUAUCCAAGAUAGUCGUUGUGGUUCGAUAGAUAUAUUAUAACAAUGAUCAUGAUGAUGAAGUGUAGAUGCAGACAACAACAGCAAGUCAUAUCUUUUAUUUGAUAAUUUCAGACACCUUUCGUUCGUUUGUUUGUAAGUAUAUUUACUCAGACGAAGGAGCCAACAGAACAAAUCUACAUUAUGUACUAGUAUUGACUUGGCUCUAUACACUCUCUAUGAUGAAAACACUAUUCCUAGGUUGGUUUUAUCAGCUCGUUGUUGUUACACUGGAAUAUGAACUAAGAUGUCCAGCUCCAGGACAUUGGCGUCUGAGAGCAAGAAAAUUUUAUUGUGGUCAGAGCUAUGUAUGUUUAUUACGUUCACCAGAGAAUUCGUAUCGAGAGACCUGUGAUGGACUCGAUUACAGCAGCACAGGCAGCAAACUUAUGUUCGAACCAUAUUUCAACAAAGCAGGAUGCAGCUAUAAACGGUAUCAGCCUUUCCCAUUUUCAACUGAUGGUAACAAUAAGUGUGUUUAUCAAAAGUCAUUUUGUAAUGAAGAGGGUUAAAUCGUCCACCGUGAAGGAAAUAUGAUAAAUGAUACAACAUGUGGAUGCGAUUCUUCACAAGGGUACAUAUUUGUUAUCAAGCCAGAGCACAACUGUUACUGUAUACCAUCAAAAGAAGAUUGCACUUGUCAUAAGCUAUCAUGUAAUGAUAAAGAUACACUCUGUCCUUUUAUUGGUUCUGCUGUUCGGAAUGUAUCUUGUCCAAAAAUUGUUAUCAGACCGUCAACACAAAAGAAUGAGUCCUCAACAUCAGUAGACAGAUUUACAGACGGUAGAAGUAGUUAUUAUAAAGGAAGAAAAUAUAGAUUAACAUGUUUUUACUUUAUCAUAGCAUUAAUAGAUGUUAUGAUUACUGAGUUAGCUGUAAUUGGAUUGUCAGAGUGGCCUGAUGUUUUAUAUCGCUAUCGUUCAACAGAUAACAACACAACAGAACAAUUAUUGGUAGAUCAACGUGUAUCUGGUAAUUCGUUGAAUGAAACGGAAGGCGAUUCGAUAGAAAUUGAACGAUUACAAAAAGAAAAGAAUAGGAUCUUAAUGGGAGAACUUUUAUCUGGAGACGAAAACGGUUAUAACAAAUUUUUAACAUUUUUAAAAGGACAUCCGGAAUAUAAUGACCUCAUUUAUAAAAUAGAAAACACAGUUGUUACAGAUGACGAUAGGAUAGCAUUUCAAAAUUGUCAAAGGAACACUGAACAUAGUAGAUAAACAUAUUUAUUCAGACGACACUAUGAACGAUGAUUAAAUCAUGUAUGACCAUGUGUAAACGAAACUUUAAAAACUAUUGAGACAAAACUCAAUUUCGGAUAAACAUAUUGUUUCUUUUAUACUUAGGAAAUACAAUUUUGAAACUUAUUAUUUGUGUAAUU